CCGGGGUUGAAGCGCGCAUCGCCGGGGCUUGCAGGCAGACGGAGGGCCGCAGCAGAGAGGAAGAGGAGGAAAAAACGCUGCAACUGGAUGGUGGGGGAUGAUGAUGAUGCCAUCCAGGACCUGAUGUUCUCCUGCACGCCCCGCUGAUACACAAGGACUGUCGGACUGGUGGUGGUGAGGAUUAUCCAGGACGCUGGAGGAAGGAAGACAGGGAGGGGGGGAGGCAGCGACGAGCAUCAUCCGGAGAGGAGCGUUUUGUCAGAGAGGCUGGCCGACAAAUAGUAAGAAACUGAUCAAAAAUCAAAGAAAACACUAAAAACCUGCACUAGGAUUAAGCAGUUGGGAAUUUUCGCUCAUUUAGACUCUGUUUUUUUAAAGGAUACUAGUCUCCAGGGAGGAAAGUCAGUCCAUGAUUGUUCCAGAAACGCAUGCAGUUCCACCACUAGGAAUCAGCCCAUUCCUGUAUUGUUAUGCAAUCACUUCUAUAGAAAGUGUCCUGCUAUUUCUUUUCUAGUGCUUUGUGUUUGUGGUGCUUUCGAGGGCAACUGGGAUUACUGAGGCCGGCUCAUAUUGGUGUUGGGGGGGGGGGUAGGACCAUAGUGGACGCUCGAUAGUCGAGGUUGGACUCCACGGAGAGAGAAGAUGUCGGGUCAGACGCUGACGGACCGCAUCGCCGCGGCGCAGUACAGCCUGACGGGAUCCGAGGUGGCCAGAGCUGUGUGUAAAGCCACCACACAUGAACAGACAGCUCCAAAGAAGAAGCACCUGGAAUACUUGAUCCAGGCCACCCAGGAGACCAAUGUGAACGUCCCACAGAUGGCCGACACGCUGAUGGAGAGGGCCGGCAAUGCCAGCUGGGUGGUGGUUUUCAAAGCCCUGAUCACCACACACCACCUCAUGGUGCACGGCAACGAGAGAUUCCUGCAGUUUCUGGCAUCUAGAAACACCUUGUUCAACCUCAGCAACUUCCUGGACAAAACUGGCUCUCACGGCUACGACAUGUCCACGUUCAUCAGACGCUACAGCCGCUAUCUCAAUGAGAAAGCCUUCGCCUACAGACAGAUGGCUUUUGACUUUGGCCGAGUCAAGAAAGGGGCUGAGGGAGUGAUGAGGACCAUGUCAGUGGAGAAGCUGUUGAAAGGGAUGCCCACCCUGCAGAGCCAGAUCGACGCACUGCUGGAUUUCGAAGUGCAUGCACAGGAACUGAACAAUGGGGUGAUAAAUGCCUGCUUUCUCCUACUCUUCAAAGAUCUGAUCAAGUUAUAUGCCUGCUACAAUGACGGCAUCAUUAACCUGCUAGAAAAGUUUUUCCAGAUGAAGAGAAGCCAGUGUAAAGAUGGCCUGGAGAUCUACAAAAGAUUCCUCACACGAAUGACUCGGGUUUCAGAAUUCUUCAAAAUUGCGGAGCAAGUGGGAAUAGACAAAAAUGACAUACCUGAACUCACUCAGGCCCCAGAAAGUCUUCUUGAGUCCCUGGAGACCCACCUGAACACGCUGGAGGGAAAGAAGCCAGAGGAUAAGUCGCCCACGAAGCAGGAUGCAACAGCCAACAACAGCUCGCCGGCUGCUGCUGCUGCACCGGCCAAGCCCGCGCCUCCUGCUCAUGCCGGCGGACCCCCUGCUCGCCCCGGGCCACCUGCCAAACCUCCUCCGCCCUCUAUCACCCCCACCGCACCAGCCCCCAGCACCACCACUACCAGCAAUGCUCUUGAUGAUGGCUUCUUGUUGGACCUAGACCCCAUGUCCUCCUCAAAGGGCGCUGCAGCAACUUCCACCGUGACUGGAUGGGGAGAUCUCUUGGCUGAGGCAACUCCUGCCGCUGAUGAAGCCUCUGAAGCUCUCCUAGCAGAGGAAGGGUCUGCUGCCGCCGGUGCUGGUGAUGCAGCUGCUGCCCCUGCAGCUCCCGCACCCAAAGCUGCUGCUGCUACCACUGCAGCUGCACCGGUGCCCGCCUCGCUGCCUGUCUCAGCUCCCACUUCAGCUGCAGACAUGGACCUUUUCGGAGAUGCGUUUGCACCUUCCCCAGGAGACGGUCCUGCUGCCGCGGCCGCGGGUCCCGCUGCUGAUGCAUUUGGUGGAUCUGACCCCUUCGCUACGACAGAGGGGAGUGGGGACAUUGCUCCAGAGCUGGACCUGUUCGCUAUGAUGCCCACCGACACGGGGGCCACCACCGUCACCCCUCCCACCUCUAGCGAGGCGCCGACCAUCGUCGCCCCCAUCGCUGCCCCCGCUGCCCCCACCCCUUCUUCCACCACCACCACUACCACCACAACCACCACCGACACCACCACCACCACAGAGUCUGCAGCCGCUCCGACUCUAGAUAUCUUUGGUGAUAUGUUUGAUUCUAUGCCUGAGCAAAGCCCUACCACAGAAUCCAAAGCUGCUACCACUCCUAGCGUAGACCUUUUUGGUUCAGACCUCCCUGCUGUUUCACGCGGGCCCUCUCCUUUGCCCGAGCCAGCUCCGGUUGGAGACAUCGUGACCGACUCAUUUCAGUCUCCUGCUCCUGUUCCUGCUCCUGCUGCAGCUCCUGCUGCCACUGCAGCUGCUGCUCCUGCUCCUGCUCCUGCUCCUGUUGCUGCUGCUGCUCCUGCUGCAGCUCCGGCCCCAGAGACCUCCUCGCCACCCAAAGCAGAGCCGGCACCUGUCAUUGACCUGCUGGACUCCUUUGCUGGUCCUGCAGAGGAGACGCAGAGCUCUGCUCCUGGAGGGCCUGGAGACGAUCUGCUGGGAGGCCUGAUGUCGCCCACCCUGGCUCCCACUGCUGCCCCAGCUCUGGCUCCAGCCUUGGCUCCAGCUCCAGCAUCGGCUCUGGUGCAGAACGACCUCCUCUCUGAGUCGAGCUUUGACGCCCUGGGCUCCCUUACCUCUCCGACGCCACCCGUACCUGCUGCAGCACCAAUAGUUCCAGCUGCAGCAGAACCCGCAACCGCCACACCGGCUCCCUCUGGUGGCUUUGACGCUUCAAUGUUUGACGGAUUAGGCGACUUGCUGAUGCCUGCCAUAACGCCACAGAGCACCGGAGGCAGCACAGGUGGAAGCACAGCAGGAAGCAUGGGAACUCCCAUCGCAGCGGGAGGCAUUGCAGCCGUUCCCCCCGCCACCCCACCUCCUACCAAAACGGUCACAGGAGACCUGGACUCGUCACUGGCCAAUCUAGUUGGAGACCUCGGUGUAAAGAAAAAGGAUCCACAAAGUGAGAAGAAGCUGACGGGAGGCGCCAACUGGAUACCACAUGUAGCUCCCACAAGCUGGGCUAAACCAGGAGCCCCCAUGGCUGGUGCCGCCCCUGGAGCUCCUGGGGCACCAGGAGCAGCCAUUGUGCCACCAAUGAGCGCACAGCCUGGCUUUGGCAUGCCUCCUGCAGGAGGGCCUGGAGCUCCCAUGAUGCAGCCAAUGAUGGGGCAGCCUAUGAUGGGACAGCCCAUGAUGAGACCACCCUUCACUGGGGUGGCUGGAGCUGCACCCGGAGCCGCUGCACCAGGAGCACCGCUUCCUACAGGACCUGCAAGCCAGAGCCCCAAGAAGCCCAAGGACCCUUUGGCAGAUCUCGACCUCAAAGACUUCUUAUAACGCCCCAGCUGCUUUCUUCUCUGGAGCAGGGCCCUCUCACCUUUUACCUGGCGUCUGUCAACAUCUCAGGAUGUUCAGCUUCUCAACCUUAUAAGAGCCUCUUAUCUCCACCCAGCCCAUCAACACCCCACCCUUUCUCCCGUGUGAUGUCGUAGCACAAACUGUGAAAGUGAACCAUAGCGGAUUAUAUUAUAUAUAUAAAUAUAUGAGGAAAAAAAAUACAAGCGUGUGCUUAUGUAGAUGUACUAAUCUUUUGUCUUAACAAAAUCACUCAAAACCCAGACAAAAAAAGUCCACAGAAGUAAGUGAAAGAAAGUGAAGGCGUUUGUGUUUAGAUUUCUUUCUAGUGUUGAGUUGAAUGAUGGAUGUGCUUUGGUGUCCUAAGCCCCACCCACCGCCCCAUAUUUGUCCCCGCCUCCUUGCUAAGGGGGAGGAGCUCUUCUUUGUCCCACUCUGAUUGGAUGAGAGUGGUAGACGAAGCCCCGGUAGAUUUUUGGAGAACCAUGUUGUGUGUUGUUUACAGAAAGGUCCUCGUUGAUGUACAUAGAUUUCUCUGGCGAGGAUUCCGUCUCUAUUCUGUAUGUCUGUUGAAGAGAAAUAUAAAUGUGAAUCUGACAUGAAAUUGUAAGAAGUCGUGUGAGUAACCUUCUAUUCCCCGUCAUCUUUUGAAAGUAUUUGGAAACAAAUAUGAAUACCGCUAUAUGAUUAAUAUACUGUAUAUUAAGAAACAACUUCCAUUGGCUUCUGAAUCAUACCAGACCAGCAAGUGAUCCUUUUUGUUUGUUUCUUUUUUUUUACU